ACGUAAUGGCUGCUGUCCAAAGUCAGCCCAGACUCAUGGCCUCUUACAUGCUAAUCACGCGACUCCCAUACAGCGCCUCGUAGACUCCCCACCACGUACCGUACCGCGUUGCCCCCUGUUCUUUCCCUUUGAGGAUGCUCGCCUGAUCAAUGCGAGCCGUGACUGGCUGCUCCUUUCCUUCCACAGCUUCUCAACCACUGACCUCUCCGGACCUCUGUCGGGCCUUUAAAGUCAAGAGCUCCCAUCCCUCUCCUCGACACCCAGUUUCUUUCAUCCAGCAUUCAGACAUUAAUUCAUCCAUUGAUCAUCCACCAUCUCGGAUACCAUCAUCCAACCCAUCUCAACAUCAACUGGUAACCUUGCUCGACUCACUCGAGACUCGCCCCUGAACUGGUACACCAGCUUUAGUGACAUCACAGCUCCUCACAGAAGAACAACCUCUCCACCCAACAAGUCCAACUAUCUUCGAACAACUUCACUCUAGUACUCUCUACCUUUACAAAUCCAUCACACAUCAUCAAGAUGACUCGCUCCCACAAGUUCAAUGACAAGGACCACAGCAUGGUGGCCCCCGUCACGGGUCACCCCCAGCAACAAGUACCCAAGUUCUUUGGCAAGCAUGGCUUUGCCGAUGCCGACCCCAAGAAGACCAAGAAGAACGGCGGUGGUAAGGGCAAUUGGGGCCCUGUUGGCUUAGAAGCCGAGGAUGAAGAGUUCAACUUUGUCCACACCCGCCGCCGCUCCAACAGCAGCAGCGUCUCCAGUCACCCCGAGCACUUCAAGUCCAAGUUCGAGAUCAACGAGCCUGAGCCUGUGUUUGAGGAGGACAUCCAUGGAGCCAUGGAGGAGGAGAAGGACAGCAGCCAGUCCAGCACCUCGAGCAGCAAGCCCGAGGACAUGUAAGACCACACAGGGGAAGAUCAUUCAUGACGCGUGAGGACAGUCACCCGCGAUUUUUUGCGUGCGGGAAUCCAUGCUUUUUGUUCAACAUGGCGGAAGGUUCGUUGAUACCCUUUAGAGGUCUGAGAUUUAGAUCUGGCGGGGAGGAUGCUUGCCUUCUAUCUGGCUACCACACCUUUCUCAUCUCCAACGAAGGCGGCUGGGAUAGCUGCGCUGUACUAGUAUUUAUUUAUUCAAUUGAUUUCUAAGAGUGGUUGAGAUAUGUAUUCUGA